AUGUUUGUUUUCCCAAAGGAGUCACUGCCAAAAGAUCCCGUUUUUCCUGCAGAUCUGAAGGAACUCGGCUACUUCAUUAAUGAAGAUGACCAAAUCAGGAUGAUUGUCGAUCCCGAGCAGAAAUUUCUCUUCAGAAUCAAUACCAAUGACAGGUAUAACGAAGUACAGAGGGAAGCCAUGAACACUUGUAUUCGCGAUAUUGUCCGUGCAAGAUUGCAGGCCUUGGGACUACAAACAUUACGUUUACCCGUUGGAGCAACCACUACGUCGCAGCACGUCCCGAUCCUAGCUACUUCUUCGCUAGGAAAUCAAACACGCCUGAUAGUAGUGUUCGGCGAGCCUACUCAAGACUUGGGAAUUUGGGCCUAUCGCACUAUUGGAAAUGAGGGUAUAAACGUUGGGUCUGCUGUCGACUUUGCAAAAUCAAUCAUCAGAAACGAGGCAGAUACAAGCUCUACCAAGAAGGACCAGAGAGACACAGAUUCUGGUCUUAUUCUGACCAAUCCCGGGCAGCUUGUCUGGCAUUGCGGUGGAGAACGUGCUGUGUCUUUGCCGACAUGGAACGCCCUUCCAAUGCGAUAUGCAGUCGAUCCACCCAUGAGAAUGGGACCUCAAAACAAAAUCCCCGGAAAUGAAACUUGGCAAGACCAUAUCACGUAUGUCUUUGAACAUGUCCUUGACAAAAUGACACCAAAGACAGCCAAGAUCGACAUUAUUGGCCUAGCGGAAGGUGGUCUAGGCGCUAUCAGAUACCUCGCUGAAAAUUGGCAAGCAUGGCGCUCUCGCAUCUCUGCAAUUUGCCUAACCAACCCUCUUCACAACAUCGGCCACCUCGAACCUCCCGAAUUCGCCCACUUUAUUGCCACUCGUACCCGCGCUUACCUGAUCUCAGGACGGCCCCUGGAUAGCAAUGUUCCCGGUAGGUUGAAGUUUGGUUGCAACUGUUACUCGUCGGGCGAGUCGUUGAAUGUGGAGUGUAUUAUGCCGAGAGCCGGGAAAAAUAUGCUGGCUUGGCUGGAUGAGAUGCAUAAAUCUCCAGGGCUAGAGGAGGUGGAAGUCAUUGUGAGAGAGGAUCUUGAAAAUGAAAAGGGCAAAACGGAGAAAAAUGGCAAUUUGUGUGGGAGUGAUUCCGAGAGAGGCGACUGGGAAGACUAA